AUGCCGAAAGAGGGGGGAAGUUUGACAAAUCGCCCCGGAGGAAGGAGGAGGGGAAGCCCCCCGAAGAGGUGUGCGGGCGGGAGGGCUGGGGAGAGCCCGCAGUCCCCCCCACCCCGCCCUGCGCCCCCGGUGCCUGGCCGGGCUGGGAGAUCACGGCAUAAAGACAGGGGAUCUCUUGGCCGGAGCCGGCGGAGCCUCAGCCUGCGCUCUCCACUCCCGGCUCGGCGCUGGAGCGGCGGCGGCGGCGGCGGCAACAGGCGAAGCUUGAAGGGAAACGAGAUGAUCGCGGUGUCACUCAAACUGCUCCGCCGAGGGGGAGCGGGGCACCGCCGCCGCCCGCCCCGGGCCGCGCCUUCACUCAGCGCGCAUCGCCCGCCGGACCGGGCACGGGGGCGGGCAGGGGUCUGCCCCGCCGGCCGGGGCGACCCCCGAGCCGCGCCCCCUCCGCCACCCAACUUCGCCCGCCGCCGGCGCCGGUCUCCCGAGCCGCCCGCGGCGGCGGCGGAGGGCUGGCCGGGCAGGGACAGGCAGGGCAGCCCGCCGGGCUCCGCGCCGCUGCCCCGCUCCCCGCCGCAGCCCUUCCCUUUCCGCCCCCGCGCGCACCCGUUCCCCGCCGGAGCUCCCCGCAGCCAUCGCCUCCCGCCGCGCCGGGGCACGGGAUCCCCCCUUCCCCGCCCCCCCGGCGAGGAGGGCCCGGCCCGCCGCUCCAUCCCGGCCGCCCCGCGCGGUGACAGCGGCGGCAGCGGCCCCGGCUGCCCGCCGCGCCCCGCAGCGCUGCCCGCCCCGGCCGCACUCACCGGCGCGCCGCCCGCCCGCCGGCACAUCCAGCCCGCCGGCUCCCACCUGGCUGGCGCCGCGGCCGCCGCGCUCCGCUCCGCGCCUGCGGGCGGGCGGUGUCGGGGCCGCCCCGGCCGGCGGCCGCUAUCGGCGGCGCCCCCGCCAGCGGAGCCGCUGCUCCCGCCCCGCGGGGCCAGAGCGGCGCGGAGCGGGCAGCGCCCGCGCCCCACGCACCCGGCUCUCCGGGAAGGAGCACUUUUGCCUCGUUUUCCCUGUUUUGGGGGUUGA